AUGGAGACACAGCCAAUUAAAAUUGCACUAGAUGAAGAAAUGGCGGAUAUAUUUAAGCAAGCCACUGGAGAGGAUGGCAAUGCCGAGGCCUAUGAUCUGCAUAUGGGCAUCUUGGAAUUGAGUGUCAGUCUUCGUAACAUUAAUCACGAUGUGGAAAAAUCGGUAAAUUUCUUAGCCAAAAGCGAUACGACCUUUAACAGUUCCCAAGAGCUGGUGUUCCUUAAUGAUUUUCGGAUGCAAUUCAAACUGUUGCAACACGGAAAGGAUCCCGAGGAAAGAACUCUUCACGAGACAAGGGGAGAUUUGUUUAUGCGCCUCUAUAAGGAACUGGUGGACAUAGAGCCUAAUGAAAUAAAACGAUGCGAGUACCUAGCAUUUUUCUAUGAUCUAUUCGAGUCCGUCAAACCAAAACUAAGCGGGCCCCAAGAGUCGUUUACUUAUCGCAUGGAACUAAUCGAUCGUAUGCAUGGCCAGGUUCAAUGCAUACUGGAACGACUCAGUCGAACUCAGAAUGCUAAAGAAAUAUCCUCCGCCUCCAAAGUGAAUAUUUAUUUGGAAUCGAAAAUAGUCCCAAAUGAAGUAGACACAAAAAGCUCAUCUAGGAUUGUGGGCAUGAAUGAGGAAAAAUGCAAUCGAGAUAAAAAAGUUGAGUUACGCAAAGUGCAUACUGAAAAGUUACAUGUUGAAGGUUUUAGUGUAAUCGAAAGUUAUAGAGAAAUAAUUAACUGCCCUUUAGAAGGCAUUAGAUUCGAUGAUGUCAUCACUUUGGUUACUUAUAAAAAUUUAAGAUCUGAACCAAAAGAUCCGAAGCCUUCAAAAAAUGAUUUUCAAAUGGAAUCGAUCUCACCAGAUGUUCAUGAAAACAAUUUUUCUAUUGCUUCACAUGAAGAUUCGGCUUACAUUUCUUUUAUGGAUCGGGUCUUUCUAUCUGUAAAUGAUUCUUUUGCUUUUUUUAAUGAAAAAGGCACAGACAAAAAUGAUGAAUUGCCCAAGGAACUAAAGGUAUCUAAAAGUUCUUUAAAUAAAGACUUAAUCUUUGAUCGGAGAGAUGUUGAGAAUAUUGUUCCGUUUACCAUAGAAAAAGAUCGAAUAGGUCAUAAAAUCUCCAUAAAUUCGGAAUUCAAGCUGUAUGAUUCUCAUAGUUUUCCUAAAACUACUCAACCUUUUAAUUAUAAUACUACUGCUACUUGUUCAACGAAAAGUUCAUAUAAAGGAGCAUGUAAAAUUCCUAUAGGAAUUCAUUCUUGUAACUUUCCCCUCAAAAAAAAUUAUAAAAAAAAACUCGAUUCAAUAAAUGAAGUACUGGAAAAACAAUUGCCGGAUACAGAAAACAAAUUUCAAACGUUAUCUGAACCUGAAAAAAUGGAAGCCGAUGGAAAAAGCACCAUACAGAAAAAGAAUUUGAAAUCGCCAACCGUAUCGACAAAGUUGGAGGAUCAGAGUCUGAAUCAACUAAGACAAGCAGUAAGUGAUAUAAAGAUAAAUAUUUUGAAAGAAGUGGACAAGUCCCUGGAACUGACCCAUCAAAAUUCUUCUCACAUACUUUUGAGCAAACCGUCCAGGGAAAUAGCUAAAAACGAGCCGAAAAACUUCUUUCGAAAUUCCAGAUUUACAGACGUGCUUCGAUGGCAAUACCCAAGAAAUAUUUAUCCGCCCAAGGAUUCGGUCAAUAAAAUACUCCAAAACAAAUCGUGUAAGUCUAAUUACUCGUCAGUGAGUUCAAAAAAGGUUUCAUCAAACCCAAAUCCUAGAAAUAAGCUUGAUAAGCCCAUGUCGAAAUUGUAUAAAAAAAAUCAAACAGCUCCAUUACAUAAAGAAAUGGCCAAAUGUGAUGAUGGCUCAAACGAUAUCUGCAAUGUUGAGACAACACCAGUAAAAUCUGAACAAUAUUUUGCUAAAGAGGGUUAUGAGGAAAUUACUGAACCGAUAUUAAGUGAAAUUAGACAGUCGGCUGGAGAAUUUCAGCAGAAAGUUAUAAAAGAAGAGGAGGCUUCAAACUGCUUGCUGGUUGAAAACAGCAAAAAUAAGGAUAUGGCAGAUCAUAUAGUAGAUCCUAAAGAUUUAAGUUCAUCAACUCAUAAUUUAAGCAUUGAUACUUGCGAGGCAUGUUGUGAUCCGGAUAAUCUGGAAAUGAUUUCUCCGAUUUUCAGUCAAGUAAAUCAAACGGUUAGAGAUGUUAGGCUAAACGUUCCAAAUGAAAUCGAUAACGUUUUAGAGAAGAUGGAUAAGUUUUUGUCCGAUAUUUCCAGUAUAAAUAUUACUAUUAAAGAUGAAGACGUUGAAGAGGAUUCGCUCAUAGAUAUUGAAGGUUCGAAAGAACUUAGCCCAUCUUCAUGUAAUUUAAGCACCAAUACCUUGGAGGGGUUCUCUGAUAUAGGUCAAAGGUUAACUGCAGGUCACCCGCCCGAUGAUCAAUACAAACUUUCACCGAUAUUAAGUCAAAUUACGCAAACGGUUACUGAUGUCAAGAUCAACAUUUUGAAUGAAGUGGAUAAAUCUUUGUCGGAAAUAACCUUAGGUGUUUCUGACAUUUUAAAGAAUAGAGAAUCUAAAGAAUAUUUUAGAAAGCAGCAUGAAAGCCAGGAAAUAAUUUAUACAACAGCUGAAAGUACUUUAAUUGAUUUGUCUGAGGAAAGUGUGGUUAAGGUAAAUCCAUCGAAGAAUGUUAACACAUCUAUAUCUGAAGCUAUACUUGGAAAACAGCCCCCGAAAAAUGUAAGCCAAAAGUCAGAAACUUCAGAAUUAAGCGAAUGCUCUGAAAAACAGCUGUCCAGUAAGGACAGUAAUCAAAUUCUUUACUUAUGCAAAAAUUGUAAUGUAAAGGUGGACUAUUCAAAGGAGGAGGAUAAAUACUUUGCAGAAGGAUUUUGUAUAAAAAAAAGAAAAUGCAAUGUGACUGAGGCUACUUCCGUAGAAAGUGAGUUCAUUAGAAAAUCUAGACCAAAAUGGCACCAUCAACGUUAUGUCAUUGCCGCCCCUCGCGUUAUAAUUAAGUCCUUUAAGUCGAACCCUGCAUAUGAGUGGGUCCCUGAUGAUCCAAAUGCUCCCGAUUUAUAUGAACAACUGGAUCAAUUUUUCGAGAUCACGGGACACAAAAAAUACUGUGCAGGCUGUGAAACAAUUACCGCAUCGAUACAAGCCAAGCUAAGUCAGGUUCUACAACGUGUCAUAAGAGAAGCACCCGAGGAUGUGAACUUUCCCGAUUUGAUAACUAUUGUUGGAAAAGGAAAGUUGGAACAGCUGCUCACUAGAAAGGAAAAAACCGUAUAUGAAUCCUUGCGCUGGCAGGCGAGGGAUAAAGGUGAUCAGGAUUUAUCUGCAGAGUCACUAUUCACGGAUGCUCUUCAUGGAAUGAUGGGCUACGGAUCGCCCCACUUGAAGGUAUCGCCAUUAACAGGAAGACUACUAUUGUGUUCACCUCAGCAUCAGAAGAGCAUAAGUGAGUCCUAUCUGCUGUUGACCAUCGGUCACUUGGGUUACUUUUAUCGGGAGCUGAAAGGACAUCAGGUAAUGCUUGCCGAACAGGGCGAUACUGCUGUUGCGCUUAGAAAAUGUCUACAAAAGUAUCUACUCAAUUUCCACCAAUUUUAUGAGGCACAGAAAAGAAAUCCCUGCUCACUGCUUUCCUUGUAUCAGAGCACUCGAGAUUUUCAGCUGCAAUUUGAGUGGUUACUAGAGGUGUUUAACAAUGUUCAGAAAGCAAAGUCUGCUGUGGUAUCCCUUUAUGAGGAAUCAAGGCGAAGAACCGGAUAUCAAAGAAACUUACUACUCAAAUGGUUAAGAGUGGUAAUUCAACCAUUUAUAUUUAAUCUUUACCAAUGGCUUUUGAACGGUCGACUCCCUUCUGCUAAUCUCGAUAAGUUUCUCAUUGAACAAACUAAAUCUUCAAAGAUAGAAGAAUUUUGGCAAAAUCGCUACUGCAUCACAGAGUUCUUCUCUGGUAUUUUCGACCCGCAGCUAAGUGAAAUUCUGAUAAGUGUCGGCAAAACUCUGAAAUACUCAGAUAAGUAUUUGGCCAUUAACGUUGAAACUUGUCUGCCUAGAAAAGAACUUCGCUGCAUGUUGUUAGAGACAUUCGAUCAGUUCUUCCGGCAUGGCGAUCAGGAACCACUCUACAAUUUUGUUAGAAAACUGCACUUGGAAAUUUCCUGCAAGGUUCUAAAACAUCUUCGUAAGAUUAAGACCAGUCCGGAGCACCUGUUUUCUGAGCUGCAUAGGUACAUAAUGCUUACGGAUCAUGAGUUUACCAAUGAGUUCCUCAAAAUGUUCGAGCCCAUCCUUAGUGAUACCGAGAGUUCCUUCAAUAUACAACUUUUUAACGAAAUGAAGGAUAAAAUGUUGCACAAACCAGUUCCGGACAUCUAUAUUGAUAAGAGCCAGUCCGAGGGAUCCAGGUGUUGGUCAAUGCUCAUACUCCGAUGGAAGAUGCCAGUUCAUUGGAAAGCUUUACUCGGCGGGGAUUCCAAGGAGUAUGAGGCUAUCUUCAGCGCAAUGUGGAGAUUCCAUUACGUUUACUAUGUGCUCUGUGAAAGAGUACAUAGGCAACAGAUGCAGUUUCGCAAUCGUAUUGAAUUCAAAUAUUUUGAAGACCUUAAUGAGACAUUUAAAUGUUUCUCCAAGUUGAUAAACGCCUGUAUGCGCCUGAUGAGUGUUCUAAGGGAGUAUUUCUUUAACCAUCUAUUAGAGCCAGCAUUCGCGAAACUUUUGUUGGCCUGCGAGCACGCAAAUACCGUCGACCAAUUACUGGACGCCAAUAGAAAAUAUUUGAGAACCAUCAUGUUUGGAUCCCUGCAAGCAAAAAAUCUACGAAAAUCCCAUCAAUAUCUGGGGCGACUUUAUGAUCUCAUACUAAAACUUGAUGACAAGCAGCAAAAGUUCCUAAAACUAAGUCAAAAUUCAGAGGACUAUGUGAUUAAAGUUCGUGCGCACAAACCACAAAGCAUAGUUUCCAACUUUUACAGGGAACGAAUGCUGCAGUUUCGUUGGACCUGUCAAAAUUACUCGGAUGUAAUCAAGGAGAUGAGAGAUCAAUUUGAUUUGACAAUGAUUAGUUUUUUAUUUAGUCUUCAUUUAGCUGCUGACGACUCAUUAAGGAGGCUAGUCAAAAGAUUGGAUCCCGAGUGCUAUUAUAUGGAAAAGGAUAAUAGAUUGGGUCUAGUACAGUUUUUCGAGUUUAAGAGGAAGACACAAAAAAAAUGA